AGCAUGCUCCAUUGUUCCCUCAGCCCGUUUGUUCGCUUGGUUUCCUAUGCACAAACAAAACUUUCCUGCAUGCCCCGCACAAUAUUGGGCUCCUCUGUGCUUUGACAACCCGAAAUAUUGGAAUCUCUGACUUUUUCUGAGGGAAAAAAGAUAAAGUCAGUGUUUUUUUAGCAGGAUGUACAGCUUCAUGGGAGGUGGGUUGUUCUGUGCCGGAGUCGGGAACAUACUCCUCAUUGUCUCCACGGCAACUGACUACUGGAUGCAGUACCGUCACUCCAGCAAUUACAUGCACCAGGGCCUGUGGCGGUACUGUGUGCCCGGGAAAUGCAUGACACACACAGACAGCAUCGCGUACUGGGAUGCCACCAGAGCCUUCAUGAUUCUCUCCCUGCUGGCUUGUUUCAUCGGCAUUGUGAUCGGCGUCAUGGCCUUCAUCCACUACUCUUCCUUUGACGGGUUUGACAAGACAUUUGCAGCCGGCAUCCUCUUCUUCAUCUCCUCCUUCUUUGUGUUGCUGGCCAUGGCUGUCUACACAGGAGUGACAGUGAACUACUACGGUAAACGCUAUGGCAGCUGGCGAUUCUCCUGGUCCUAUAUAAUGGGCUGGGUGGCAGUGGUGCUCACAUUCUUCUCAGGUAUCUUCUACAUGUGUGCCUACCGGAUGCACGAAUGCCCAAGAAACUCUAACUCACGCUGACCUGCCAAAGACAACACAUACAUCAGCACUGGUCCAUCAUAUACGGCCAAGAGGAACCAAUACCCUGUCAACUUUCCAACUACUUCCUGAAUAUUCAUGAAUAAGCAAAAUAAAUGAGAAAAAGAACACA